CGAGUCCCAUAUAGGACGAAACGCGAGUCCUGGAUUCCACUGCUAGCCACAAUCCAUCUUUGCAUACAAUAUUCAUAAUAAUUUUUAAUAAUUCUGAAUAUAAAUUAUUGUAAAUAAAUAGAGUCAACAGAUGAUCUAAAGUCAAAAAUAAUACAUAAUUAAAACAACAUCAAAAUUUGAUUGGUUAUUUAUCAUUUUAAUAUAAACAAAAUUCUAUUGGUUGGGAAAUGAUGAAUGAUUGAAGUUAUGUAAUUUUUAACCUGGAUUAAUAUGUUAUUUUCUAAAAUGUAUAACAAUUAUUUCCUAAGUAAUCUAUUCUAUGGUAAGAAACAUAAAAAAUAGGAAUAGUGUAGAGAAAUAUGUGGAUUACCUGACAUUAGGAUCUAAUGAUAUAUGAAUACAAAAAAAAUCAUGGAAAUAUUUGAUGAAAAUUUUAUUGAUGAGACAUAACGUGGACGAAAUUAUUCACUUACUUACAUUUGAAUAACAGUGAACAUCUAAGAACUUAUUGUCCUAAGAAUUUGUUUAUAUAUGCAAUAGUAUUUACUCUUUGGAAGUUUCAAUUUGAUAAAUAGUUAUUGUACGAAGAUGAUUUUUCAACAAGACUUCAAUACUCCUCAUAUAUUUUCACCUAUUCAAAUUGCAACACCACAACCAUUCAGUCCAAAAGCGACUACUAUACUAUCACGUGAAGAACGUUUGCGUUUACGUAAACAAGAACGUCGUAGACGUAAAUUGCAAGAGAUUAAAUCUGGAGUUAAGAGAUUUAUAGCAAUGCUUUUCUCUCAUAUUGGAUUAUCCGGUUUGGUUAUUGCUUAUACAAUUGUAGGUGGUCUAUUGUUUGGUGGUAUUGAACGUGGAAAAGAGAAAGAAGUUAAAACAUUGGCUUAUGAAUAUAGAAUUGGUGCUUCAAAUGAAUUUCUGCAAUUAGUGUUUGGUGAAAUACAUAGUUAUUUAGCAAAACAAGCGCAAAAAUGCAAUGAUACCAUUGCACUUUUAGAGUUUGUUAUUGAUUUCUUGGAAAAAGAAAAGCCAAAGAAAAAAACAUAUGCUGUGGAAAAUAUAAAAGAUACCUUGGAUAAUAGCGAUAUAAAUCAUGGAAAUAAUACGGAAUUUUUAAAUACUACUGACUCGGUUAAUAGAAGUGCUUUUAAGAAUUUCGAAAAUAUCAACUUCAAUGCUUCAAUGGCCACAAAUUAUUCCACUAACUUAAGUAAACUAAAUACAUCAAAGAAUUCAGUAGGAUUAUAUUAUAAAAACGUAACCAAUAUAGUAAGCGAAUUGGAAUCAGACAACAUACGAGGUGAAUACUCAUUAAAAGCUCAAUUUAUUUUAUUACUACGUAGUCGUGUACAAAUAGCACUUAUGGAAUUCACUAAACAUGUUGUUGAUUUCAUUGAAACUGACGGUUGGAAUGGUAAUGAUUCAAUGGAAGAUUUAAAGUGGUCAUUUGCUGGUUCUGUCCUUUAUGCCAUUACUGUGAUUACAACAAUCGGUUAUGGUCAUGCUACUCCAAAAACAAAUUUAGGCAAAUUUAUGACAAUUAUUUAUGCAUUAAUUGGUAUACCUUUAAUGUUUUUAUAUCUUUCUAAUAUUGGUGAUUAUUUAGCUGAUAUAUUUCGUGUAAUUUAUUCACGUACAUGUAGAACAAGUUGUGAACGAUUUUGUUCUGCUUCACUAUUUAAUAAUAAUCAUAAUAUGAAUAAUAAACAAAUAGAACAAAUGAAUCAAUUAACAAAUAAUAAUAAUAAUAAUAAUGAACUAGUUGAUAAUGAUCCAACUGUAAAUCCAGUACAUUCACAUGAUCGUCGACGUAAACGUAUCCUACUUCCACCGUUCCAUACAAAAAUGAGUGAUUAUGAUACUUCUAUGAAUAUUACUAAUAAUAAUAAUAAAGUUAAUUGUACAAAUGAAAAAACAAAAAGUGAACCAGUCAAUUUAAAUGAAAUUGACAAUAAAACAAACAUAACAACAAAAGAAGUAACAAAAUCCCCAAAAUCAGGAUUAAAUAAUAAGAAAAUAGAACUAUUUCAUCAUUUAAAAAAUAAACAAUUUUUUAUAAAAUUUUUAAAAUAUUCUCAAAAAUCUCGUGAUUACAUUAGAAAAUCUUGUGUGGUACCAUUUUUUCGAUCAGAUCAUUCAAAUGCAUUAACUCAAAAAGCUAAAAAUAAUCUUCGUGACUUAUUUCAUCCACCUUUUAGUUGGUUACAAAAAAUGAUAAGAACUUUAAUUUAUAAAAAUCAAUUUAAAUCUACAUCAGUUUUUGUGGAUGAUAAUCCAGAUAAUCAAUAUACAAAUUAUCCAAAUAUUUUCUUUCAAAAUUACCAUCAAGGAACAGAAUUUGAUUUAAUGCAUAAUAUUCCAACUUCAUCAAUCAAUUCAAAUACAAUGAAAAAUGUCGCCAGCCAAAAUAAUACACUUAAUAAUCAGAUUGAUAGUUUAUCCUGUAGAACAACUGCAUUAGUUGAAUCGAAUAAUUUCAAUGAUAUCAGUUCUUCAAAUACCUAUCAUGAAUCUAAACAAUUAUAUGAACAAUUAACUAAACAAAUGUAUACAUCUAAUCAAACAAUGAAAUAUAAACAUUAUGGUACAUUACCUACUUACAAUAGUACUUUAAGUAAUACAUUUCAUUCAAAUGGUUAUAUAUUCACUUCACCUAAAAGUAUGCCAACAAUAGAAACAUUACCAAUUUUUAAUCAAUCAAAAUUAUAUAAUUUACAAAAUGAUUCAACAAAAUAUUUUACAUAUGAUGGACAACAUCGUAAAUUCUAUUUGAUGGCACGUUAUUUACGUUCAGCACAAAGACAACGUAGACAUAAACGACGUGUACAAAAACAUCUUCAAGAACAGGAACGUUCUGAAAAGAAAAAACUUGAAAAUGAAAAACUAUAUGGUACAUUGUUUAGUCAUCAAAGUCAUCAAACAUUUGAUGAUAAGAGGAAAAAUAUACAUAAAGUAAAGUCUCUAACUAGCAUCUCUGAUGAUAAAGCUUCAACUAGCUCAACUGUACUCAGUGGGCCUGGUAUGGAAGAUUAUAAUAAUGGAAGAAUACGUUUAUUAUGCUGGAAAGAUAUUGAUAUUGAUUUAGAAGUACGAUCAAUAGACGAGAAUUAUGAUGAUAUAUGUAGUUUAAAGAAUAUUGAAAAUGCAAAGGACUGUAACACAACAACAACAACUGAUGGUACAACUGUGAUAGUAAAUAUGAAUGUCUCAGAGCCGAUAUCUCAUAUGAAUAAAAAAUGUUCAACUAAAAGUUCUAUGAGUAAAAUAAAAUGUAAUCAAAACCGCUGUAAAACUCAUAACUCAAAAUCACACAUCAAUCUUGAACAUUCUGCUCAAAAUGACCUAUCCUUAGUGCAAACAAUGACUGAACCAAAAAAUGCUACACCAAAGUAUUGUGCAAUGCUCAAUAAAAAUGCUAUCUUAAGUUCACAUCCACAAUCACCACUCAAAGUGGAAUGCUCAUCAUCUAAACCUUUUCAUAAAUUAUUAACACAUUCGAUUUCUACAUCAGAUACAGAAAAGCUUUAUGAUUUCGAAACAUUACCAAACUCAAUUAGACCUAAUCCUGCAGCUAUACAUAUGUCGUGUCAUCAAAUACCUAUGAAUAAACUCACUGUUUCAAAAUCAGGCUUAUCAAGUCUACCAAUACACAAUUCACUCCAACAAAGACAAACUUCACAGAUUCCAAAUACUAUUGCAAAUAGAACCAAAAUCCCACCUAAACUGAAUCAAAAUUUAAGCUAUUUUCCAACAGCCACUUCACCCAAUCUUUUAUCCAAUUCCUUUCAUUACUCACAACCUAAUCAAUGUUCUACGAUGUCUUUCCUUCCUGAAUAUCAUAGUUUACAACCUGAUUCAUUUCAAAGACUCUUGCAAUCCACAGUAAUUCCCAAUCCAUUUGCAACAUGUGAAGAUCUUUCACGCGACAUAAAACCUGAACAACUGGGUAGAUCGCGUCUUUCAUUAGCCUCAUCACGUGGUGAUUUAGAUAGCGAAAUAGUUGUACAGUUAAGCUAUUACUCCCAACGUGGUAGUAGAAAAUCGGAAGAUUUAUCAUUUUUUUCUUAUCGUGAUGGCUUUUCUGCAGAAGAGGACGUAUCCAAAGUAACUGUACCAAUAAGUUUAUCACUAGUCAUUAUGACAACUUACAUACUUAUUGGAGCUAUUGUAUUUUCUAUAUGGCAAGAUCCAGAUUAUCUAAAAUGGUCAUAUUUUUGUUUUAUUACAUUAUCAACAAUUGGAUUUGGAGAUAUAGUUCCAGGUACCAAAAUUGAUUCAACUAAUCCAAAGGAAAAAAUGAUUAUUAUUUGUUUAUAUGUUGCUAUUGGUUUAUCAGUAUUUGCAAUGUGUUUCAAAUUAAUGCAAGAAGAAGUUGUUGAUAAAAUGAAAUGGUUCGCAUUAAGAGUUGGUAUAUUGAAACGUAAAGAAACAACAGAUACUACUGAUAGAUCAUUAUAUCCUAUGAGUAGACUUUGAUUUUUUUUGUGAAUCCCUCCUACACAUAAAUAUCUACAUUUAUAUAUAUAGAUUCAAUUAACAAUUCUGAUGGAAUGUAUUAUUGAAAUGUUUUUAAGCAAAUCAUAUAGAUACAUUCAAAACCAAACAAUUUUCAAACUAUUGUACAUAGAAAGAAAUAUGUAGUGGUUACAAGUACAUUUAAAGAAUGAAUAUAUAGACGUACAUAAAUGAUAAUUCUAAUUUCUUCAUUCAUAAAUAUACAUUUAUAAUGGUUUAAUUGUUCAUUAAGAGAUUAUGCAUUGAAGGUCUUCUCAUGUUGGUUAUUGAAAGUUAAUUUACACAAAAGAUGUGCAAUGGAUAGUGAUAAUUAGUUAAUAAAGUAGAUAUCAAAUGUAACGUUACUUCUCGGUCUUGUUCCUGAAACAUUACAUCUUGAUCGAUAGGUUCCUUGAAGUAGUAAAUACUAGACAAAUAUCAACACUAAAUUGAUUAGUUAUUGCAAACAUCUCAUUCUUUCAUGAGCUCAGGUGUAGCCUAAAUAUCUCAGUACUGAUAUCUCCAACUGUGACGCCAUGAGAGAUAGAUUCCAUUCCCAUAAAAGUAUCGGCUGUGAGUUUUUAGUGGGCCCAUAUCUGACUACAGUUCGAUCGGAUGGAUGUUUGUUAUAGAAAUAUACAUACUGCCAACCCUCGUAUAUGAUUAUCGAUUAAGAUUGCGUUAGUGAAUAAUUAAAUUAAAUAAGUCACAUACGAGAAUGGAGUUUAAAUACUAAUAUUUCAUACACUCGUUGACCUGAACAUACAACCAGGAGGAUAAAGCAAGGGCGGUGAAGAAAGCGAAGAGGAGAGUGCGAAACUAAUCAAAGAAGGCAUGUGAACCAACUCGAUUUAACCAAGAGUGAAUCGAUAUUUAUAGUCAAACAAAAAUGAUCUACAGACACGCGGUCAGUAGGAAGAGCAAUGUACACACAUACGCUCACAUAAAAACAGUCAAGGUUGAUGAGCGAAUAAUUAACAAGGCUAAAUUGUUACUCGAGAAGAAUGAAUAAAUUGGUCU